CGUGUUUUCUGCGUGUAUUGCCGUUCGGCUCGAGCGCGUGCGUGCGUGUGUGUGUGAGUGAGCGUGUGUGUGUGUGUGUGUGUAUGUGUACGGUGUGCACACGCGAACGCGCACAACAGGUCGUCUUCUCGUCGCCGCGUUUUGUGAGUGAAAAAGUGAACCGCAUCAGCGGCACCAGUGUGGCCUACACUACUCAGCAGUAUAGUAGCACUAGUAGUAGUACAUCAGUUUAUUUAGUACUGGCGGCGGUAUUGUUGUAUUUAGUUUGUAAGUCUGUCGGUUUUCGGAUCGGCCAUAAUAACACGAGAUCACCAUGGAUCACCAGCAGCAGCAGCAACAACAGUUCUGCUUGCGGUGGAACAACCAUCAGAACACGUUGAUUUCGGUGUUCGACAGCCUCCUGGAGAGCGGUUCUCUGGUGGAUUGCGCCCUGGCCGCCGAGGGACAAUGCAUGAACGCGCACAAAGUCGUGUUGUCCGCCUGCAGCCCUUAUUUCGCGGUAAGGCACCACAAUAUUUUAUUAAAAUUAAAGAUAACAUUUUCUCCUUGUAUACCGCCAGUAUAAUAUUCACCGCGUGCCGAUGUGUACGAGUCCCGUCACCACGAGUGUAAGUUUUCCGGCGACCACGUUAUCUUGUUUUGCGAAGUUCCAUAUGUUCGUUUGCCGCCGUAAAUAUUCGUUUAUUUAGCCACUCGAGACACCUGUUGAAUAUAACAAAAACGUACAGCGCAUGUCCCGAUAUGUUUUCCCUCUUGAAUUCCAAACUCCUUUGUUAUCGUGUGUGAUUUUUGUGUGCGAACUUUUCGUAUUUUUAAAUUAAUAUAGUAGGAUGAUUUUCGACAACGUGCUUUGGUUGAUGCUCUUUAGUGUUAAGUAUAGGUAUGUAAUAAUCGUUGAAUUCGUGACAAAGGCUUCACUAUAAUCUUAUGAUAGGUACUAGAUUCACAUGAUUACCAAAUAUUAUCAAUCUUGUAACUUUGAUGUUUUCAAUCACACUAACCUAAAUAUUUAUCAAUGGUGUGAUGAACACUAUGAAAAAUAGUAUAUUUACGUUUUAUCACCGGAUGAAGAUGAAGAGCGAUUCAUAUUUUUCUUAUCGUCUAAUUUAGUGAUCUUGUUUGGUUCUCAGUUAACGCUGUUUUUCAUUCAAUCAUUCUGAUAACCUAUUGACUGUUUGAUAUUGAUUUGUAUUUACUACUAUGUUGGGUAUAAAUUUGUGCAUAAAUAUUAAAUGUAUACUUGGGUCACUUAUGUUUAUCUGUUUAACUGUCUUUAUUAUUUAAAUCAAAGAUACUUACUAUGGGCUAUAAACAUUAUUACCUUAAUUAUUUAAUUAGAUUACAUAUAAAAUUGAUUCUAUGUAUAUUUAUAUGUAUGCAUAUAACAUAGAGUCUGAUAUUUCAAUAGUUUUUUCAUGUGAGUUUGUGAGAAAAUAUAUAAAAGCAUGGUAUACUCAUCAUAUAUCAUUGAAUAGUUAUUAAUUAAUAUUAAAAGUGAAAUAUUUUCAAUUGAAUAUUGUCUUCAAAAGGUUAUCUAGGUUAAAAUUAAAUGUAGCACAUUAUUUUACUAUAAUAUGGUACUUACUACAAUUUCUUUAACUGUAUACUUAUUUAGUUUAGUUUUAAUUUGAGUGUCUAUAAAUUAGGUCACCCUGUAAUAUAUCUAGUUAAAAUUAUUAUUAUUAUUAUUAAAUUAAAUGUUAUUAUAAUAUGAUGUAAGGUUCUCAUCUGAAUUAUACAUUGGGGAAUAAAAUUAUUUAUGUAUAUUUUUGAUUUAAAAUGUACUAGGUAGUAUGGGUAUAAAAUAAAUAUUAAAAUGUUUUUGUAUUGUUUGAAUAACAUAUGGAUAUAUAUUUUUUUUUUCAUGUUUGAAUAUAUUUUAGAAAUCUAUUGAUUUAUUUAUGCGAUGGUACUUGAUAUAGAAAGCCCAAAUCUUCUGAAUUAAGAUAUAGAUAGUUAUAUAAUAAAGUCUGGUUAAGGCACAUGUCAAACUUGUUUUCAAAAUAUCACUAGGUAGGUAGGUUAUGUUGAUCAUGUUAAGUUAAUUUUUGUAAUACAUAUCUACCCAUCAAAAUCAGUUUCAUUUAAUGGGUAAGUAUUAAGUUAAUUUAUAUUUGAUGAGGAUAUUGCAUAAAUUUCUCGAUAAAUUUGGUUUUAAUUUGUAAUGAACGGAUGAAAUAUUGUUUAAUAAAAAUCAAAUCUGUUGUUCCCAAUGAAAUCUUCGAGAUAAUCUCUAUUUUAUCUUUAAUAUUUAUUGGUUAAGCAUAUUAUAUUAUGUAGUGAAUAUGAUUGAAGUAUAUAAAUCUUGUAAUUUUAAAUAUAUUUUACCCCUCCCACUGUAUUUUUUUUUUAGUUAAAUUUUGUCAUAUAAAUAAUAUUAUUAGGUAGAUACCUUUAUAAUUAUUAUUUAUUACAUUAAUUACGGUACCUUAUUAUGGGAGUAAUUAUUCAUAUCAUACCUCAUACUUAAUAAUUAUUUGUGUGAAAAUAAUAAUUUGUAGCAGCUAGGUAUCAAUUUAAAGUGUGUACCUAUAAAUCUUUUUUUAAUAAGAAUUAAACAUUUUUUCAGUUAAUAUUGGUCAAUACCUACUUGUUGUUUAAAACAAAUAAUUGGUUAUAAUUGUGGCGUGAAUUUGAAUAUUCAAAGAAACAAAAAAAAUGCAUUAAAAAUAAUCCAAUUUUAUGUACUCAAAUAUGAAAAAAAAAAGGUUUAAAAUGCUCUAAAAAUUAUUUUAAACUGAAAACAAAUUUUUAUUAAACAUAACAGUGGAAUUAGUGCAAAUGACAACAUUUCAACUAAAUAAAUAGUUAGUGUUUUUUAUUACAGCUGACAUUGUAUUUUAUCUGGUACAAUAUGGUAAAUAUAUAAUAUCAAAAUACAUUUUGACCAAUUUUCUAAUAAUACUACAAAGUUUGUAAAAAGAAGAAAAACUUGAAAAUGCACUUAAAAUGUCAAAAUAUACUCUAAAAAUGUUUAUAUUUGAACUAUUUGAUAUAUUUGAAACAAAUUUUGUGCUUGCCAAGAAAUGCUUUAAGAAAUUCAGAAAAAAAUGCAACUUGCAUUAUAAUCUUCACCUUAGUUAUAAUAAUCUAAAUCUUAUAUUAUUUUUUUGAACUUCACCCCAAAUUUAAUUUUCACUAGUUUCCACUGUUAAUACAUGGUUUUUGAAAUGUUGGCAAGUUUUUACUGUCACAGAUUAGGCUAAAAUUUAUUCACAAUCAUUAACCAGUAAUUACAUUUAUUUUUAUAAAAAAUUUUAACUUGACAACAUGUAUUGAAACUUUAAAAAAAUAAUUACAAAUAUGUUCUAAUAUAUUCUAGUCCAACAUUUUGACUAAUGAGAUCUGUAUAGAUAAAAUGUGAUAUCAGAUUAGUUGAAUGUUGUUUAAUUGAAAUAAAUUGAAGUAAAACUUGUGUUCUAAGUUUUUAUUUCUAAGGUCAAAUACAUGAAAACCAUGUAGGUACUUGUAAAAUUAUUAUUUACUUGGUACCUAUCUGAGUUAUAUUAACAACUUUGCUUUGAAAUCUAUAAUCAUAGAUACUUAACAUUUUUAAAUAUAAUAGGUAAAACAUUGCUUUAAAAUUUUACGUGAUAUUUUGUAUACAUUUUAAUAGAAAUGUUAUGCCUAGUGAAUUAUUACAUGUAUCAGUUUUUGUUGUUUCUAUGACUGUUAAUCUAUUUGGUUAAAUCACGAAUCAAAUACUAUUUAAAUCAAAGUUAAAAAUUAAUUUUCUUAAAGUAGAAGUAGAUAUGUGGCCUAUAAUAAAAAAUAUAUUAUGAAAACAAUGAAUUAUAUACUCGUAUACUAUUUAAUUAAUGUAUAUUAUUAUAAUAUUAUUUCAACAAUAAUAAAAUCUUGAAUAGAACAGAUAAAGGAAAGCCUUUAUAAGAUAAAAUGUUUAAAUAGGUAAUUUCUGUAUUUGAAUUGUAUAUCUAAUCUUAUGUAUUUAAUUUAUGAAAACUAAAUUUGUAUAACUUAUUGUACAAAUAAUAUUAUCAUAUAUUAAUUUCCUUGUUAUUUUCUAUUCACCCAGAGAAAUAAAACAUUGAAUUUGUAAAGUUACUUUCUUAUAUAACAAAGAGAUAAAUUUACUUCUAUAAUGCAUAUUCAUUCUAAAAUUUGUUGACUGUUGAUUUUUUUUCAAUGUGGGCGUGAAAUUCUGAUUUGUAUAGUCUUUAUUUUAUCCACAUUAAUUGAUAUGCAUACAUAUCUAACUGCGUAUUAUAUUACUGUUAUAUAUUAAAAUAACUUAUACCUAACUACAAAUUAUAAUAUUCUUUAAAGUCUGCUGAAUGUUAUAGUAAAUUACUUGUUAAAAUAUUAAGUAUCCAUAUUACUUAAAUUUAACAUAAGUUAGGUACCUAUAUUAAUAUUUAAAGUUAUUAACUAUAUGAAUUAUAUGAAUCUGAUUUACCAAAGGAAUGAAUAUAAUGUUUGGUUUCAUUAUUUUUUAUUAAAUAAAAUGACGUCAUAGAUUAUUGUUAAAUAAAAUUGUUGAUUUCAAAUAAAAAUUAGAUCAUAUACUUAGGUAUAUGAUUAAAUAAAUAUUCAGUUGGAAUUAAUUUUGAUGAUAUUUAUAUUUAUUUUUUUCUAGUGAACAUUUAAAUGGAAAAUAAAAUAUGUUUAGACUAUUACAUUAUCAAUAAAUAGGCUACAAGCAAAAUCAAAAAUGUUUAAAAAAAAAAUGUUGUUUUAUGAAAAUAAUUUUUUUUUAAAUUGAUACAUUUACUUAAACAUUACAAUACAAUUAUAAAUAUUAGUUUGUUGUGUCAUCACUCAAUAUGUUCACUAAUGAUCAAAAUAUUAUUAUUAAAUUCAACUUACAAUAUUUCUAAGUAUAUUAUUCUCAGGUCAGAUCUGUGCUUGAAUAUUAUUUAGUACCUACUCAUUUAUGGCUGUUGUCUCAAUUCAAAAUAUUUGUAACUUGCUUCAUUUCACAUGCCUUUUUUUCAAAAGUGUGGGGGUAGCUACUUUUAUCCCUACCUCUACAAUUUGUUAUCAUCAUUAUUAUUAUUUUAUUAGUAGAUGGAAGUACCAUAAGCUCUCAUAUCUUCCCUAAGUAUUUCUAGUAUCUGGUUACUUUUUCUUUGGCCUACCUGUUUUCUUACCUUCUACUUAACUCCCCUAUCUUCUCUACCACUUCCCUCCCCUGUAAUUUCUCUUAACAUGUCCAUACGGCUAUAUCAUAUAAAACUUCAUGCUAUAUCAGCUACACUAGAUUUUUUUUUUUUUUAAUAUAUUCAUUCCUAAUUCUAUCCAAUCAUAGUCUCACCACACAUCUAUUUGAAUAUUCUAGUUUCUAGCAUUUGUAUUUUUAUUUCAUAAUUUUUAUUCAAUUUUCAACACUCAGACUUUUACAUUAUCAUUAUUAACAGUUUUAUACGAUUAUUUGUCUUUUACCCUAACUGGAACAUUUUAUCAUAUCUUUACAUCCUUAAUAAUAAUUUAUAUUUAGGUAAUAUAAGUUAUGAAAGUUUCAACUUGAAAAUAAAUUAAAUUAAUGUUUUACUUUGAGGAGAUUUUGUCUUCAUAAAAAAACAUAAAAUUUUAUUCUAGUUUCCACAGAAAAUACACAAACAUUUUCUAUAAUUAUAUUAGAUAAUGGUUAACAUAAAAUUGUUUAUCAUAUUAUUUCUGAUAAUAACUCCUUUAAUUAGUUAAAUACAUAAUAGCUUAAUUAUAACAUUAUAACAGCAUCAAUUUCUUAGAUAAGUUCUGCACUAUUCAUUUCUAUCAUAACAAUAUAGUUGAAAUGUAAAGUGUGAAAAAAGUAUUAAGAAGUAAAAAUAUUGAGUAGGUACUAUAAAAUAAAAAUAUCCACUAAUUAAAUUGUAUUCAAUAUACAUUUUAAAUACCAAUGAAUCAAUAAUUCAUAGUACUCAGAUCAAUAUACAUUACAAUAAUAGUCUAUGGUAUAGGUACCUAAUAAGGUAUAUUUUUCAAUAAUUAUUUUGUUGUCAAAUUAUGUAAAAGUAUCAUUAUUAUUAAAAAAAAAAAAAUUAUUAAUAAACAAGUAUAGUUACAUACAAGUACAUUUGUACUCAAGUGAUCAUUUUGGUUAAGUUUUAAUUUUUUUGCUUAUUGAGAUUCAUGAUAAUUAUUGAUCAGACAUUGUAUAACAAAUUAACAUUUGUCAAAAUGAUUAUUAGAUCAAUUAUUAUACACAAGUGCUAAGGCCAUAGUUGUUAUUAGUUUUGAUACUGUACCUUAAGUUUAUUUUAUAAUAUAAUUUUACUUGAUAUGUCAUCAGACAUCACAAUAAUGAUGUUUAAUAAGAAAAUUGUUACUGGAAAAAUCUCAUUGUUUUUUUAUUAUUAAAUAAAUACUUAUAAAUAAACAUUUUUUACAUUAUAACUACAUUGACAAAUAUUCUUUUUAUGAUUUUAUAAAAAUUAUUUUUGAUUUAAAAAAACUUUUAGGUAUUUGUUAGUAUAAUAUAUUUAGUAUAAACAUUGAUAAUGGCAUUCCAGAAGUUAAGUUUAAGUCUUAACAAUUUUAAAUAUUAAAUUAAAAAGUACCUAAAUAUUGUUUUUAAUCUAUUUAAUUAGAAUUUAAGGUUUUUAUCUCAGUUAAAACUUAUAUUUUCCUCUGUAGAGAAUUUUAAUAUGUUGUAAUUAUGUAGGUAAUGCAUAUUAAUUCAAUUAUUUUGUACAGUUUUAUUUUAGAAUUUUAGUUAAAAUACCUCCCUAAUCAUAUUUUAAUUAAACAAAUGUUUAUAUUUAACAAAUAUACCUAUUCAGUUUGUAAUUAUAAAAUAUUAUAGUUAGUUAAUUGAAUAUACUAAAAUGUGUAUGAUAAAAAGUAGUCUUAUAUCUAAUAAUAAAUAAAUAAAAAUCAAUACUUUAUUUGCUAAACUAUAGAAAAACCAACCAAAUAAUUUAAGUACAUUAGAAACACAAUGUAUAACAAGUUUGUGUACCUAUUUGUUUUAGAAAAUAUGUCAAAUGUUGAUUUUUGUGACAAGUCAUGACUUAAUUUAUAUUAAAAUAUUCCUUGAAUUUAUUUAGUCUAUAGACUGAUUUAAAAUAAAUUGAAGCCGUGAAAAUCUAGUUGGAAACUAUUAUAUAAUAAUGUUUAGCCUCAUCUUAUUAUUGCCUUUCUAUUUUCCAUUCACUGAUUUGGUACAUCCAACUUUGAGUGUACUGUCAAUUAUAAUAGAAGGCACAUUAUAAAAAAGUGGCCUAGAUUUUUAUUUUUUUUUAUAUAAGAAUAUUCUGAGGAAGAUCUUGUAUAUUUUGUUGGUUCAAUUGAAUAAGUAUUUUAAUUAUUUUAUAUUUACUCUAAAUUAUAUUUUAUCUGCCAUGUUGAUUAUAAAAUACCUACUAUCAUUCAACAAAUCCAUUUUAUUUUAACUUUUUCAUAUAAAAAUGUAUUUUUACAAGGAAUUUUUAUAUGUUAAAAAUAGAGAAUAAUAUGUCACACAAUAGGUAAUAAAUGUGUAGGAUAUAAUAUAUUGUUUAGUGUGUAUGUGUGAGGAGAAAUUAGCUCAUACUUUUUUUUCUUGUUCCGGUAGACUAUUGAGUGUGUAUGACAUUAUUCAGACAGCUGUCUGAUACACUUUGUCAACUUGACCUCUUUUAUUAGAUACCACUAGCAAACUGUGAAUUAUUAUUUAAUAAUAGUCUACCUACUGAAUUAAACUUAAGUAAAAAUAAAUGCCAUACAACUUACUUGGGAAUUAUAUCUAUGUAUUUAAUUGUAAUUUUUAAGUAAUUAGUUUAAUAUAAUUUUUUAUCAGAAUACUGAAUGAAAUAAAUAGUUAGUAUAAUUAGUUUUUAGCAUAGUUUUUGUUUAAUAUGCUAUUUUGAGAAACAAAAGGAAGUUUAUUGAAUUAAAAUUAUUUGCUAAGUUUUUCUUUUAUUAACAUUAGAUAGAUAUUUUAUUAAUGUAAAUAUAUAUUUUACUUGUAUGAUAACUUAAGUUAAUCAUUUUUCUUUGAGUAAAAAUAUAAUAUUAACUAGAAAAUCGGUUUAUUUUUGAAAAAAUUAUUUAGUAUAUAAAUUUGGUUAAAUUGUAUGCUAAUUAUUGAGUGGUUUAUUAUCGAGUUUAUUAUUCACAACUAUUUGGAGGUUGAUUGUUGAUUUCAAAUUAAUAUUAGUGUGAGCCAUAUUUGUAUAUUUUUCCCAAAUGCCACAUUAUGUACUUAACAGUACACACUAUCAUGCAUUUUUUUUAUAUUCAGUGUUAUUUGUCUGACAAACAUAAUAAUUUAAUUUUAAUUACAAAUGUAUUUAAUUUAACGAGAGUAUUAUAAUAUUCAAAUAAUAAAAUAUCUUAUGAAAUCAUAAAAUUAAAUUAAUAGUCAAUGGAAGUCUCAAAUAACAGAUUCAUCUAAUGAAAUAAACAAUACAUAUAAAAAGAAAUAUAGGAAUAAUCUUAUAAAUCUGUAGAUAAAAGUAAACAAGUUAGGAGCAUUAUUUCAAAAAUAAAAAAAAUUGAAAUAUCAAAAAGGUAAAUUGCUUCAUUGUUAUUUUUACCAAGUGUUUGCUGUGAUUUAAGAGCCAGUCCAACUAUCGAAGCAACAUGCAAUAAAAGGCAGACCAAGUAAAACUAAUUUUGAUUUUAGAGUAAAAACACCUGUUAUGAAAUUUAUAGAGAACAAUAAUUUGAAGGAAAUCUCAUGUUUUUUUUUUAAAAUUAUGAACCAGUAAUUAAAAAAGUUAGUGGUUUAAAAAACUAAAAAAAAAAUAAAGAAAGAAGAUUUUGUGCUUUUUAUAUCAAGCUGUAUAUUUAGAAUAAUACAAAAAUCCAAUGAGUUCCCCUCCAAAAUAUUCUUCUCUAAAAUCAAAAUUAAGCUAGUUGUACUUAGUCUGCCUUUUUUUGCAUAGUGCUCGGUAGUUGGACCAAGACAGUAGAUGUGGGUGUGGCAUCUUAUACAAUUUUCAAAAAAAAAAAAUAUAUAUAUUUUUGUAUAUGUACACUGUAAAUAUAAAAAAUAUCAAUGGACUUUAUAUAAUUUUUGAUUACACCAAAUUUAAUUAUGCAUAUAUCAAACAUGUUUUCUAUGGUUAAAACAAUUUUUCAUAAUCUUAAAUAAAAAUGUGUAAGGUAUGUUAAUAUUUAUUAGUUUUAUCUUUUUACUUUUAGAUGCUGUUAAAUCAACAUUUUGAUAAAUAUCCGGUGCUCAUACUAAAAGAUGUAACGUACCAGGAACUGCGGUCUAUGAUGGACUAUAUGUAUCGUGGUGAAGUGAAUAUUACCCAAGAACAACUUGGGUCAUUUCUGAAAGCAGCCGAAUCGUUACAGAUUAAAGGACUGACAGAAAGUAGUGGUCGAUCAGAUCGAAGACUAGAUGCUCGUAAAAAUUCUACUAGAAACAUUUCACCUGGCUUACCAAAAAAGUCAAAUACACCCAAAAUGACUGAUGGUGCUUUCGAACCAUCUUAUAAUAUUCCACCCCCACCAUUACCACCAGCACAUUCUGUAUCUACUAUACCAAAUACAAAACGACGUAAAUUAGUACAACCAGUGAAAAAUUUCAAUAGUCUUGUUGUGUCACCAGUUAAUCCGAGUCGUACUAAUGCUAAUAAUUUAGAUGUUAAUAAUACACCAAAUCCUACGGCUCCUAGUUUAGCUGGCGAAGGUAAAGCAACUAUACCAUCUCCUCCAAUAAUUCCUAAACCCGAAGUGGAAUCUGCAAAUAUUCAACCCGAUGAAGAUAAACCUGAUGCGAAUGGUGUAGUAAUUGAUGAAAAAGAAGAUAGUAAUAAGUAUUGGCCUUCUAGUGGUUCAAUAAAUGAAAUAAAACUUGAGAAAACAGAUACUGAAGAAGAAGCCAGCGAGAGUGAUAAUAAUGUCCAAAAUGAUGUUUGUACGACGAGUAGAACUGCAUCUCAUUUAACAUCAUCUCAAAUAAUUAUGAAUAAUUUUCGCCCUGAAGAAGGUAAAUUAGUAUUUUUCAUUAUUAAAUUUAGAAGCACCAGAAUAUUUAAUAUGGAUCUUUUUUAUUAAAUCUUAAAUUUAAUCAAUAAUUUGGUAAUAAGGUAAACACGGACGUUUUUAUUUUAAAGAAGUAAACUAUUAAUAGCAAUGUUCUAAUUUUAAAACUAUUAUCUAUUUGUUUUUUAGGUAUGGAACUUACUGAAUAUGCAGGUAUGAAUAUAUCACCAAACAUGCAAGAUCAAGGUUAUUUAUAACACAAUUGACUUUAGUCUUUUGUUUUUGAUAAUUCAUAUUUACUUACUAACAUUUAUUUUAGGUUCUUUAUGGUGGAAAAACUUUGAACAAAACUCCAAGUAUGUGCGUACAACUCAAGCUAAUCCAUUCAGUUGCCAGCAUUGUGGUAAAAGAUACCGAUGGAAAAGUACACUGAAACGUCAUGAAGUGUUUGAAUGUGGAGGAAAAGAGCCAGUUCAUCGUUGUCCUCAUUGUGAAUAUCGCGCUAAACAAAGUGGUAAUCUUAGAGUACAUAUACGCAAGUAUCACACUGCGUUAGAGUAAGUUCCUAGAUGCGUCACAACAUCCAAUGUCAAAGUUUGAGUAGUUGAGGCUCUCUAACUUUUUCUACUUUUAAUUUUUUUUUUAUUAUAAGUAUUUUUAAACAAUUUUUCAUAUUUGCUCAUUGUUGUGAUUUCAUGGAAACUUCAUCGAUCAGGGUUCAGUAUUAGCUUCCAAUUUGAAAAAUGACCAAUUAUUUUCCUAACUCGUUAGAACAAAUAGUUUUAAGGCUCAAUAUUAAUCCGAGUUGAUUAUUUUUACAAUUUUUAAUUUUUAUUCAUUGUGAAUAAUGUCUUGAAGACAUUUACAUAUAUUUUGACUCAUUAUUGUUCCCUAGACAUUGGAAUUAUACAUGAAUAAUAUUAUCCUCAUAAUAUGACCCAAAUAUUUUUUCAUCACUGUUUGUAAGUAAUAUGUUAUUCACGUGUAUUUUAUGUUCAGGAAUCCUUUUUUUUAUUUUUAUGUAAUUGUAGGACAGUGUGCGUAUUAUUUUAUGUAAUAUUAUUAUUAUGUAGGUAUGCAGUAUUUAAGGAUUGACCGCUACACUUGUUCCUAAAAUAUAUAUAAAAUUAAAUGAUAAAAGUUGUUAAAUGUAAUUUAGAUUUAAGUUUUUUAGUAUUCAUUAUUAUUUUUUAUGUUUUUAGUACUUAAGUGAUCAAUUAAUAUUAUGUAAUUACGAAUUUCAAAGCUCAUCAAUUGUUUAACUCUAUGUGAUAAAAUAUUGUUUUUUUUUUCUUUUUGUAUCAAUGUUUUAUUAUUAUUUUUACGGGUAUACCUCAACUGUGAGCUUCCAAAGUGCCUUAUACAUAUGUGAUUAUGAAAACUUUUAGCUACUGAUUUUUAAUAAUAUUCUUGUUUCUAAAAUUGUAUGUACAACUGGUGUCUUCCAAAUAAUUGUUGUAUUUAUUUUCACAUUUACAUAUUUUUUUUUUUUUUUUUUUUUUUUUUUUUUUUUUUUUUUUUUUUUUUAUAUGUAUGCAUUGUUAUAUAUUAGAUUUGUAUUUUUAUAUAAUUGACAAAACUAUUUGUCAGUAAACUAUCAACCAUUGUAUAUGUCAGAAUAAAAUUAUUGAACAAAUUGCAACUUUAGACGAGCAAAUGAUAAAGCAUUGUACAAUAGAAUAUUAUAAGGGUAGGAAUGUUUUUAUGAAUAUGCUCACAGAAAUACACUUUAGGAUUUGAAUAAUACAUAUCGACUGGUUAACUACUACGGGUCCUCAUUUAAUAUAUCUAUAGUUUUAUCCUGGUAUAUAAAAUAUAAAUAAAAAACAAUAUUAUUUUUCCAUGACAGUAAUUUUAUGUUAUAAAUAUUAUAUAAUAUUUAAAUAUGUACUUCAUCUGACUGAUUUAAAUCGAUCUGACUAUUUACAAUGAUUAUUAUUGUAUUAUUGUGUUAAUAAUGGGCAUUUUCCUUGAUUUAUAUUAUUUACAAACUACCAACGUAAAAAAUUUGUUUUAUUAUUUUGUAUACGUCUAUAUUAUUAUGAUUUUUUUAACGGUAAACAGGUUAGGAAUAUGGUAAGUGCCCUAUUUUUUUUAUACAUUUUAUAUGAUUUACACUUAAGACUAAUUUUGUUAACUAUUAAUUUUUUUGUAUUAUUAAGUAUUUGUGUUGGAUUUAUAAUAUUAUUUGCUUUUUUAUGAAUCUAUUAUCAUUAUUAUUAUUUUUUUUUUAUAAGGUAUCUACUUAUUUGAUUUUGCUAAAAAAUAAAC